GGGGCCGCAGCCCACGCGGGGGUGCUGCCCGGAGCCCGCCGAGCUCGCCGGCGCGCUGGCGCCCGAGGGAGUUGAACUGGAGUUCAGAUGCCCAACUCCCUCUGAAUCGUGCAGAUUGGUGCUGAGCAGGCAACAAAAGUUUUUAGCUUCUCCUCAGUUUCUGGUGCUUCGCAGGGGAGAGGAAAGGACUUUGGCAUUAACACCAGAAGCGGUCAGGGGAACGUCUUUAACUUUUCUUCUCUGUUGUCAUUUGCAAUGAAGAGGAAACAGAAGCGAUUUCUGCAGAUGACUUUGCUUGUCAUGGUGGCCCUCAUUUUCCUGCCCAAUAUCGGUCUGUGGUCUCUGUACAAGGAUAAGCACCUGGUGAAAUCUACAGAGCCCGGGGAGCAGCAGACAUUUCCUCUGGGCCUGGGAGAUGGUCAGUUCUAUGCUUGGACAGAUGGUUUGAGAAGAAAGGACUGGCAUGACUACGAAAGCAUCCAGAAAGAGGCAAAGCGCUCAGGGAAAGGUGAACAUGGAAAACCUUAUCCCCUCACUGAAGAGGAUCACGAUGAUUCAGCUUACAGGGAAAAUGGCUUCAAUAUUUUUGUCAGCAACAAUAUUGCUCUAGAGAGGUCCCUGCCAGAUAUCCGCCAUGCUAACUGUAAGCACAAGAUGUACCUGGAAAGACUACCCAACACGAGCAUCAUUAUCCCAUUUCAUAAUGAAGGUUGGACUUCCUUACUGCGUACCAUUUACAGCAUAAUUAACCGGACCCCUGGGAGUCUGAUAGCUGAAAUCAUUCUCGUCGACGACUUCAGUGAUCGAGAACACUUGAAGGAGAAGUUAGAAGAAUAUAUGGCCCGAUUUUCCAAAGUGAGAAUUGUUCGCACCAAGAAAAGGGAAGGGCUCAUUCGCACCCGACUCUUGGGAGCGUCCAUGGCCAGAGGGGAAGUGCUGACCUUCCUGGACUCGCACUGUGAGGUUAACGUGAACUGGCUGCCCCCUCUCCUCAACCAAAUUGCACUAAACCACAAAACCAUCGUGUGCCCCAUGAUCGAUGUCAUUGACCACAACCACUUUGGGUAUGAGGCACAAGCCGGGGAUGCCAUGCGAGGCGCCUUCGACUGGGAAAUGUACUACAAAAGAAUCCCCAUCCCUCCAGAGCUCCAGAGGGCAGAUCCCAGCGACCCUUUUGAGUCUCCCGUUAUGGCUGGAGGUCUCUUCGCUGUGGACCGAAAAUGGUUUUGGGAGUUAGGUGGCUAUGAUCCAGGUUUAGAAAUCUGGGGAGGAGAACAAUAUGAAAUCUCUUUCAAGGUUUGGAUGUGUGGAGGAGAAAUGUUUGACGUUCCGUGUUCUAGAGUUGGUCACAUCUACAGAAAGUACGUCCCUUACAAAGUUCCAUCUGGGACCAGCCUGGCAAGAAACCUGAAGCGGGUGGCUGAGACCUGGAUGGAUGAAUUUGCCGAGUACAUUUACCAGCGGCGCCCAGAGUACAGGCAUCUCUCCACGGGGGACAUCUCGGCCCAGAAGGAGCUGCGCAAACAGCUCAGGUGCAAGGACUUCAAGUGGUUCAUGGCAGCGGUGGCCUGGGAUGUGCCCAAGUACUACCCUCCCGUGGAGCCGCCGCCCGCCGCCUGGGGGGAGAUUCGCAACGUGGCGGCCAAUCUCUGCGUCGACAGCAAACACGGAGCCACGGGAACUGAGCUGAGGCUGGACAUCUGCAUCAAGGACGGUUCAGAAAGAACUUGGUCUCAUGAACAGCUCUUUACUUUUGGAUGGAGACAAGAUAUCCGCCCCGGCGAGCCCCUGCACACGCGGAAGUUCUGCUUCGACGCCAUCUCGUACCACAGCCCCGUCACCCUCUACGACUGUCACGGCAUGAAGGGGAACCAGCUCUGGGGACACAGGGAGGACAGAACGUUAUUCCAUCCUGUGAGCAACAGCUGCAUGGAUUGCAACCCAGCAGAGAAGAGGAUUUUCAUGGCCAGAUGUGACCCUCUCUCGGAGACUCAGCAGUGGAUUUUUGAACAUAUCAAUAUGACUGUUUUAGAAAAUUUUAACCACCGUGCCAGCUCCUAGAGGGAAAGAAGGAAGAAGGAGAGAUUACCUACAGAUUACAAAAACUGCAUUUCAGCCAGCAUCCGGGUCAAAGGAGUCAGGAAUAACAUUUCCUAGAUCCAGGAAGCCUGGUUUAAAGAUCUGUAAAUGCCACGUCCUAGUAGGUUGUCCUGAAGAACUUCCUGCAUCUGAAGAACUUGGCUGAGAACCUCACCAGCUGCUUCUGAGAACUUGAGACUAGCAGUUCCCUUGCUGGCCAAGGGCAAAGAUUAUUUAGGGACUUUUCGAAACAACUGCUGAGUUAAUAAAUCCUAGCAUUUCUCAGGUCAAAUCCUGCAGUAGUGAGUAGCUAUGAAUGGAUCCUAUUAUUUGGGUGGGAGGGGGGUGAAAAGGAGCGCAUGUCUGCUCUGAUACUGGGGGUACCGCAGGUUAAGAACUGGCCACACCAAAGGGGGGGCUGUCCUCUUCGGUGCCAUUCUCUGAAGAAGAAUGGGUUAAGCAGGUUUAACCCUUUAAAGUGCUGCAGAUGAUUUUAGAGUGCUCAUACCAUUCUGUUCUCUUGAUUAUUUUGAAAUAGGGUGCACAGUCACACAUAACUCGGACCACCACAUCUCGAAGUGGGACUAUCCAGAUCCUCUUCAUUUGCAUUUGCUAUUUUCCUUUCAGAGCAGAAGUUAUUUAUUGUCCAUGAACAUUCAUGUUCCAUCAGUCAACUGAAGUUCUAAUUCAGUGCCCUUGUAUGAAUCCUGUUUAAAAAACAAAAAACUAUGCUACCCAGUUACUCCAAAGAGAAAGAUUUCACAGAAGCAGCAAAACCAUGGAAACGUUAGGAGAGGAGUUUCCCUAGGAAAUCUAUUUUUACUUUUCUAUUAUUUUUAGAAUCUUAAAAGUUUGAUGUUUGUCAAGUCAUAAUUUUUAUUAAGGGAAGAAAUGGAGUGAGGUCGAUGUCAUUUGUCUAGGAGAUUCUUAAGCUCAAAUAAAUCUACACUCCAAGUGAUGUCUGAAACUGACUUGGUUCACUUCAGUUCUGUGUGAUGAGCCCUGGGUGGUUUUGCUUGGUUUGGAUUUUUUUGGGGGGGUUUUAUAUUGUUAAUAUUAAUGAUGUUGUUGUUUUAUUUGGAAGCAUACAGGAGGAACUUCCAUUAAUAAAGUGCUUCUAACACCAUUUUCUGGUAAUGGGAUAAUAUGUCAG